GGCCCUUAGCAACCGGCCUGGCGACGGGCUCCGUUGAGCUGCUCCUCUUGCCCGUCUGCAGCUGCUGCGGCUAGCCCGGCCCCGGAAAGGACCGAAGGGGACCCAGGGUGUCCCCACGGCGGCUGCAAGAGGACCUAAGCAUGGAUGGCAGCCGAAGAGUCAGAGCAACUUCUGUUCUUCCCAAAUAUGGUCCACAUUGCCUAUUUAAAGGACACUUGAGCACCAAAAGUAAUGCUUUUUGCACUGACUCCUCCUCUCUCAGACUAAGUACUCUCCAUCUGGUCAAGAAUCACAUGGCUGUUCACUAUAAUAAAAUCCUUUCAGCCAAAGCUGCAGUGGACUGCUCAGUUCCAUUGAGCAUGAGUACCAGCAUCAAAUAUGCAGACCAACAACGAAGAGAGAAACUCAAAAAGGAAUUAGCACAAUGUGAAAAGGAGUUGAAAUUAAAUAAAACUGCAGGGCCAUCCAAUUCUAAAAAUAAUCCCAAGUCAUUACUUAACACUCUACAAAAGCCUUCAGGAGAACCACCACAUGAAGAUGAUAUGUUAAUUGAAGAAGCGAAUGGAUUUCUGUCCUUUACAAGGUCACCAGUAACUUCUUCAGAGAGACUACACCUAAGUCUGCCUAAUUCCAAGAAAGUCCUCCCAAAUGGCACUGAGAAAAACUCCAGUUCCUCCCUGUCCAACGUGGAUCACACUGCCUCCAGGCCCAGAAAACUGCGCUCUAGAGCCUCCUUUGGCAGGCGACCCAGUAGCCCGUUGCCAAAUUCCCACCAGUUUCAGUUAGUUAUUUCCAAAGCGCCCAGUGGGGACCUUUUGGAUAAACAUUCUGAACUCUUUUCUAACAGACAUUUGCCAUUCACUCCACGCACUUUAAAAACAGAAGCAAAGUCUUUCCUGUCACAAUAUCGAUACUAUACACCUGCCAAGAAAAAAAAGGAUAUUUCAGAUCAGCGGAUAGAAGCCGAAACCCAGACAGAGUUAAGCAGCUUUAAAUCUGAUUUUGAGGCAGUUGAGACUAAGAACUUCACAGAUUCAGACGUGAACAUAAAGCAGGCAUCUAAUUGUGUGACACACAGUACUGAAGGAAAAAUCACCGCUUUACCUGUGCAAGGGCCUGGUUUACCAUGGGACGAGAUUAAAGAUGGUGCUGUCCGGUGCUCCUCAUCAAGAGAAGAACUGCUGUAUCUGAAUUUCAUUGAAGAUGUAACAGAUGAAAUUUUGAAACUUGGUUUAUUUUCAAACAGGUUUUUAGAACGAUUGUUUGAGCGACAUAUAAAACAAAAUAAACAUCAUUUGGAGGAGGGAAAAAUGCGCCACCUGCUGCAUAUCCUGAAGGUGAAUUUAGGCUGCACAUCCACAGAAAACUCGGGGAAACUGGAUGGUGUUGAUAUGUUGAAUUUACAUGAUUUUGAAAAGAUUGAGAAUUCGGAAGAAUAUAAAAAUGAAAAAGAUACAACAGUUCAACAGGAACGGCAAGAAUACCAAAAAGCUUUGGAUAUGUUAUUGUCUAUACCAAAGGAUGGAGACGAGAUAUUGUCUUCGCCAGAUGAAUUCUCCCUGCCCAUCUAUAAGCCAAAGUAUCCAGAAGGGGUUGUGGGUCAGCAGGUGAAUGAUGGAACAGAUCUUGGACCUUCAGUUUGGGAUGAAAAAAAUCCAGGUAUUUCAGACAGCCCAACAGGCCAGGAAACCUCUGUGACUGUCAUUGAAGGUGACAGUGACACAGAAAAGGCCAAGACUUUAGAUGAAUUGUUCUGUGAUGGCCCAGCACUCUCCCAGUCUGUUCAGCUCUGUGGUGUCAAAGGUGACAAUAGUCAUGACAUGGAAGAACCAACUCUUAAAGUCAUGGAAAUGAGCAUUGAGGACUGCUCUGUGGAUGUCUGAUCUUAAUUAAUAAAUGUCCUAAAUGGCCAGUAGUUGAAUAUUCUUUAAAUAUAUAUAUAUAAAGAUGUCUAUAUUCAUUUCCUUGCUGAAUAAUAAA